AUGUCACCGCCAAGCGGAUUCAAGAGGGCCUACAAUCCGCUCCACGUAUAUCGCAGCCUACUCCGUGAAGCCUCCUACCUUCCGCCGGUAUGUAGGACGCGCAUUGAACCUCGCAUUCGCUUCCGGUUUAGAAGGCACAGGGCAGAUCCGAAUCCUGAGAAGCGUCUUCGUCAGGCCCUCCAUGACUUUCGCAAUCUUCGGGCAGCGAACCUCGGGGAUAUGGACCGCAUGCGCAAAGUUAUGAUGUUGUCUUUCGGCCGCAUCGGCUGGAGGCGGCACGAGCUUCUCGCGGAUCUUUGCCGGCUGAAGCAACCAGAUAAUUCGGGACAACUUGAAGACCAGCUCCGGGAAGCACAUGCCACCGCCCCGCGGGACUGGUUGGGGACUUGGGAUAAAGGGAAAAUCCUUGCGUUCGCGAGAAGCCAGGCUGGCCGCAACUUGCGCAAUUCCCCGCGACCAAACUUUAGCUCCAAGAGGCUUGAACCCCGCACAGCGGUUCCCGCAAUGAAUAUAUGGGGGAAGCCCUUUGCUGAGAAACCAGCGCGUCUGAAAGAGAAAAAGUGGUGGAAGCAGUGUGCGAACCGCAUAUUGCCACCUUUACCCCGUGGCGAGUGGGAGCUUUUGAAGCAAUUAGCUACCGGCGAAGCAGGUUCGCAUUGGGCUGUGCCGUCGAGGCGCUCCUCCGCUGCAUCGGCCGUAACUUCUCUUCAAGACACGUUGCCAGCAGCAGACGGCGGAAUUGAGACAUGGGACUGGGAGAAGUACUUGGCAGGUCCCGUCAGGGCUGUCGAACGAUCCAACUCUCGACGCUUUCGACUUGCCUCUAGACCUUUUCCAGCACCUUUGAGCUCGCCCUUCGAUGGUCCAGCCAUUGGCUACCACAACUAUACGCCUCGUUUUUGGCGGCGGCUGUAUGGGGAGAUUUGGCAGUUGACGGCAGUCAUGGAAAGCAAGGCAGGCGGGCAGGCGAGUGGCUGGGAUAUCACAUGGGGCGGAACUUCAUUGCAGCCGCUAUCACCGACGGCGGCCAGCCUCGAGUUUUUUGAAGGGGUCGACAGCAAAGGCGCCUUGCCUCUUCGUUCAUCAGGGGAGCAGCCGAAAAACACCACUUGA